AUGGACUCGCGCGCACAGUAUAAUCCUCGCACCGUUGAAGAAGUUUUUAGGGAUUUCAAGGGUCGUCGAGCUGGUCUCAUCAAAGCUCUAACCACUGAUGUUGAAGAUUUCUAUAACCAAUGUGAUCCUGAUAAGGAGAAUUUGUGCUUAUACGGCUUUCCUAGUGAGCAGUGGGAAGUUAAUUUACCUGCUGAAGAAGUUCCGCCGGAGCUUCCCGAGCCUGUGCUCGGAAUUAACUUUGCUAGGGAUGGCAUGCAAGAAAAAGAUUGGCUGUCUUUAGUUGCUGUUCAUAGUGAUUCAUGGUUACUUGCUAUUGCCUACUAUUUCGGAGCCAGAUUCGGGUUUGACAAAUCUGACAGGAAACGCCUUUUCAAUAUGAUCAAUGAACUGCCAUCAAUAUUUGAAGUUGUUACUGGUACAGCAAAGAAACAAGUUAAGGAGAAGUCUUCGGUUUCAAACCACAGUGGAAGCAAAUCCAAGUCCAGCUCGAAAGUGCAGCGAGCUCCAGAACCUCAUGUUAAGCAGACAAAGGCAUUAGAACCUAAAGACGAGGAAGAAGAACUGGAUGAGGAAGAUGAAGAUGAACAUGGAGAGACCUUAUGUGGUGCAUGCGGUGAGCAUUAUGGAACAGACGAAUUCUGGAUUUGCUGCGACAUCUGUGAGAAAUGGUUCCAUGGGAAAUGUGUGAAGAUCACACCUGCUAGGGCUGAGCAUAUCAAGCAAUACAAGUGUCCAUCAUGCAGUAACAACAAGAGAGCUCGCCCAUAA